AUGUGUAUGGGAGAGAGAGAGAUGGGAGUAAUAUUAACAAAAGAACAAGAAAAAGAGUAUAAGAGAAAAAGACAAUCAUUGGGACCAGGAUGUCAUUUUAAUAAAUCAUUCAUGUCAAUGGAUGAUAUCAUGCAUGAUGAUGUAGUAUUUCCAAAAUCAAGAUUAAAAAAACAUAUAGUAGAUCCAAGAGAAGAAUUUCCAGGUGAUAUGGUAGAUGAAAAGAAAGCAGGAUCACUAUUUAUCAUCAAGAAACAACAACAUUUCAAUAAUUCCAUUAAAGAUUUGUUUGGAAAACAUUUUACCAUUGUGCUGGAUACAAGUGGUGAAUCUACAGACACUCAUAUCAGAGGUAUAGAGAUGCAUAUUACAUUUGAAAGUAAAUCAAAAAAAUUGAUUUAUCUUCAAAAUAGAAUCAAUCAAGAAAGAAACAAGUUUGUUUCAGUUACAAGUAUCGGUCAAUUACCAUAUCCAACUAUUAUUGAAGAUUUUCAAAAUGGUAAAGUCUUGUCUGCAUCGGUUGCAGAUAGAGAUCCAUACUCUUUAUCACAAGAAAUAGAACUUUAUUCAAAGUUAACUGGAAAGUCACAUAAAUGGUUCUAUCAAGUUGCAUUUACAAUGGAUGAUUGGUUACUAGAAUUCAUAUCUCAAGUCGGAUCAAAUUUCUCAUCAAAAUUAUCAAAAUUUGCUGCAAAUAAUAUAAUUUGGCCUGGUUUCCAUGUUAUUGUUAGAGGUAGAGUUAGAGAAAUACUAUUAGGAAUGGGAUUAAAUAGUUCAAAACACUAUAGGGUUGAUGAUAAAGGAGAAAUACUAUUUGAAAAGGAAAUAGAGGAUGCAUCUAAAUUUCCAUUACAAAUUGAAAAUAGUAAAACAUAUGGACAAUUAUAUUUAGGGAUGAGUUUUCCUAUCAUUGAAAAUGCUACAAUUGGUUCAAAAAUAACAAGUCAUUAUUGUGUAAUAUUAGAUUUAGCAGGAGAAUCAACAGAAGAGAAAAUAAUAGGAGUACAAUUUCAUAUUACAUUUUUUGGUAAAGAUAAAAAGUUGAGGUUCCUUCAAAAGAGAAUAUCAGCAAGAAGAUCCAAAUUUUUAUCGAUUGAAGAUAUGGGUAAAAUGGAAAUGCCAACUAUCAUCAAUGACCAAAGUGGAUUUGAAAGGUUUGUUUUAAAUGAUCAAGUGUAUCUUGGUAUUCUUGAAAAGGUGGUGUUUAUGGAUCCAAAGAAUUCGGCUGGUAAUAUUCAUAAAUGGUAUGCCUAUUUGAUAUUUAAAAUGUAUGAAUGGGUACCACAAUACAUUAAACAAUUUGGUAAUACAAUGUCCUCUAAAUGUAACUGUCAAACUUUUGCUCGGUACUUGACCGAACAAUUUUCAUACAAUAAUAUUAGAUUCCCUCAAGGUGCUUCUGUAGUUAGUGAUAAUAGUCUUACUAGUGCUGUAAUGAAUAAUAAAGAGAUAGAGAGAGAUGGUAAAAUACUUGUAGUAAGGGAGAUGGAAGCACUUGCAGAAAUGUUUGGUGCGACUGUUACUUAUGAUACAUCCCUUUUACCUUUGAUUGAAUCUGAUGAUAUUAAUACUGCUACACCAUUUUUAUAUGUUGAAUUAGAAUCAGAUGAAAUAUGUAGAAAGAUUGCAUCAAGAUCAGUAUUGAUUAAAGGAUUUUACAAGGUAUGGUGUGAUUGCAAGACAUAUGAUGAAGCAUUGGGUCAGAUUGCAGCACUACACGAUUUAGAAUACUUGGUUGGUUAUCAUCAAGGUAAACAUUGGAAGCUUGACUUUGAAUCGUUUGGAAAGAGAAUGUCACGUGAAGAACAAUUAAAGAGAAUGCAUAGAUUAAAACCAUCACAACUUUGGUCAAAGGGAUCAGUGUCGAUGGUUCCCGUCCCAGGUACCGAACAUAUUACUUGGGCAUUGUUUGAAGAAUAUGGUUUGAAUGGCAAUGAGAGAGAGGAACCUCUUAGAAUGUUUUUGGCCACAACCGUUGCCAAAGGUUCAAGAGAUGCCAUUGCACGAUUCAAUCUACAAGAACGUAAAUAUUUGGGUACUACAUCAAUGGAUCCUGAACUAUCGAUCAUCUCUAUUAAUAUGGGUCAUGUAAGAGAAAACACUCUUAUGCUCGAUCCAUUUGUUGGUACUGGUAGUUUUGUUUUAGUUGCAUCUGCUUUUGGUGCUCAAACUUUUGGUUGUGAUAUUGAUAUUCAUGCUAUGCAAAAACAAAAGGAAUGUAAUAUUGAUACAAAUUUCCAACAAUUGGGAUUAUCAGAUAAAUUUAUGGGACCUAUACUUUGUGAUAAUUCAUCACCACCAUGGCGUUCAAUUCCAAUCUUUGAAAGUAUUGUUUGUGAUCCUCCCUAUGGUAUUAGAGCUGGUGCCAAGAAAAUUGGUCCAGAUAAAAAUAGAAGAGUUAAACGUCCUCCUGAAGGAUUUCGAUGGUCAUUUAUACCAGAACAUUGUGAAUAUAAAGUACCAGAUGUUAUGGCAGAUUUAUUAGAAUUGGCAGCAAAGAAUUUAGUAAUGAAUGGUAGAUUGGUGUAUUGGUUGCCAACAACACCGGAAUUUAAGGAAAGUGAUUUACCAAAACAUCCAUGUCUGGCAUUAGUAUCUAAUUGUUUGCAGGUGUUGUCGUUGAAAUGGGGUCGUAGAUUAAUCACAAUGAAAAAGGUAUUGGAUUUUGACCCUAUCGCUCACAACAAGGACAAUUUGACGAAAUUUGAUUUAGGACAAAUCGAACCGGCACACGAAGAUCUCCGUGAACGAUACUAUGCACCGGCCGAAGAAACAAUGCCCAACAACAAACCAGACAGCGAAAAGACCAAAAAACAAUUAACCAAAGAACUCAAACGAAAGGCAACCGUCGAAUGGAGAAGACAAAAUGGUCUUGCCAUUCACGACUCUCAAUUGGAUUAUAAACAAACAAAACGUAAAGAAAAGAAAGCAAAUGCUAAACUUAAAAAAGAAAAGAAAUUAAAAGAAGAACAAGAAGAAGAGGAAAAAAAGAAACAACAAAUAGAAAUAGUACAAAAAAAAGAAGAAGAAAUUAAAAAGGAAUAA